UCCGCACGAUCCGCUAACUUGAAAGACAACAUUUCCCAUGUUUCCAUUCUCCUCUCUCAUCAACCACAACGCCCCGAAUUAAGUGAGCUGGUCGAAGGAGAGUUCGUCUCGGCACCGAAGUGUCUUUUGUUUUUUUUUUCCCUGCAGUAAAGUUUCAGAUCGACCAAAAUCGCGGCUGAGAGCGAAGUCGACAGACUUUUCCAAUCAAAUCAAAGAGUCGCGCAGCAGACGCGCGUUUUUUUUGGUUUUUUGCGCUCACAAACUUUUCAGGAAGUUUGCAGGAGUUUCUGCUCGUUAGGGCAUUCUUCGGGGGAUUGCGAGGGAAGGGGGGGGGGUUUACUGAGAUUAGUCUCUUCAUGCUUUUUCACGUGAAAGAGCCUUUAUAAAGGCGCCGUUUGGUCGGAGACGGCGGGUGCGGAACGCAACGGCGAACGGACUCGUCUUUUUUUUUCUGCAGAGUUUAGCUUGUGCGCUUCAACAUGGCAGCGUACACGUUACCGGAGGGAUUCACGGACUUUGACAUGUUUACUUUCGGCUCGGCUCUUCUCGUAGGGGGCCUGCUUGGAUUCUUCCUCAAUGCCAUCAGCAUCGUGUCUUUCCUCACAGUGAAGGAGAUGCGGACUCCCAGUAACUUCUUUGUGUUCAACCUUGCUGUGGCUGACAUCAGUCUGAAUAUUAACGGACUCACAGCUGCUUAUGCGAGCUACCUCAGAUAUUGGCCAUUUGGUCAAGAUGGAUGUGCCUAUCACGGUUUCCAGGGGAUGAUAGCGGUCCUGGCCUCCAUCAGUUUCAUGGCUGCCAUCGCUUGGGACAGAUAUCACCAGUACUGCACCAGACAGAAGCUCUUCUGGAGCACAACUCUGACAAUGAGCGGCAUCAUCUGGAUUUUGUCCAUCUUCUGGGCUGCUGUUCCUCUAAUGGGAUGGGGCGUCUAUGACUUUGAGCCUAUGAGAACUUGCUGCACGCUGGACUACACCAGAGGGGACAGGGACUAUGUGACCUACAUGCUAACUCUGGUGCUGCUCUACCUGAUGUUCCCAGCUUUCACCAUGUUGUCAUGUUACGAUGCCAUCUACAAACACUUCAAGAAGAUCCAUCACCACAGGUUUAACACCAAUGUGCCCCUGAGGGUCAUGCUGAUGUGCUGGGGCCCCUACGUCCUCAUGUGUAUCUACGCCUGCUUUGAGAACGUGAAGGUCGUGUCUCCAAAGCUGCGAAUGGUGCUUCCAGUUCUUGCAAAGACAAACCCUAUCUUCAACGCUCUCCUGUACUCAUUUGGAAAUGAGUUCUACCGAGGUGGCGUGUGGCACUUCCUCACCGGACAGAAGAUUGUUGAUCCAGUUAUUAAGAAGUCAAAAUAAAAGGAAACUCAUUAUCUUCCGACAAAAAUCCAGGGCCAUCAUUUGCUCUUAUGAUAGGUUCCUCAUACAGUUGGUAGGGUGUUUGUGAAGUAAACAUCAUCGCGCCAUUUAAAUGCCUGUACAGUCGUAGUAUUUUCACAUGUGGACAAUAGAUGAAACUCAGGACAGUCUCUACAUUUCUAACCGCCACUGUAGCCUUAUGCUGGAUCUUGUUUCUAGCCCGCACUGCUCCUCCAUCUGUGUUAAACCCCUCACAAUAAAAACAUUGUGUUGCUGCUCUUCCA